AUGCUGCUGGCGCUGCAGGAGACGCAUGCUUCCGAGUACAGCAUGCAGGUGCUUCUGGAGCGAUUGAGUAAACCGUUCUGCUGCUUCUCCUCGUGCGUGCCAGGAGGCCGAGAAGACGCAGGAGGGGUGGCCACGGUGGUGCCCGCCACUGCUGACGGCUACGCCUGCGAUUUUGUUCCUGAGGAGGUGGUCCCUGGUCGCAUCCUCAGGCUCAGCGGUGAAGUUCGACCUUCGACUCAGGGGAGUCAGCCGUGCAACUUCGUCCACUGGAACAUCCACAACCACGACAUUUCACCUGAUCAACGGCGGCGUGUUGCAGAACGCCUUCGGCAAGACCUGGCUUGGGCGCGCCAGUGCCCCGCCACCCGCUCCACCUUCGUCGUGGGCGACUUCAGCUUCGGCGACUGCGACGAGAUCGACAGCUUCCUGGAUGCCGACCAGCCCCUGCAGGCGCAGGCCACGCGGCCCAGCCGCGGUGGAGGCGGACGCGCCCAGGCGGCAGCCGCAGCUGGCCAGACCGCGCGUCUGGCCCGCCACCCUGGCCAGCGGCAAUGGCUGGAUGCGCUGCGGGCAGCCGCGGAGAUGACGCCUGGCAAGCCGACGCACUGGAACGCCAGCACGCGCACCAGCUCCUCCAUCGACCGCGUGUUCGUGGGGACCCCGCGGUGGCAGCUCUGCCAAGGCUGGCAGGCGUGCCAAGUGCGAGGCGAGGCGCGCGAGAUGCACAUCCGCGGGAUCAGCGAUCACUCCAUGGUCGCGGUCUCGCUGCUGCGGCGUACGCCUGGGCGCCGACGCCCUGACACGCCAGCGGCCAUCCCCCUCGCCGUGGAGAUUGUCGACGGGUACCUGGCGAUGGUCCCCAUGCAGCACCAAGAGCCGCCCGACGAGUACAAGUACUUCGCGCGGAUCCUGCAGGCGGCGGCCAAGGCUGGCGCAGCUGGUGUGGCACAGAACGCCUGGGCGCGCGAGCUGGUCAGGGCCUCGGAGCAGACUCGCUCGGUCGAGAUCCUCGACUACGCGGAGUUCCAGAGGAGAUGCAACAUCGCCCAGCGGAAGGACGCUGCGGGCAGACGCCGCGUCCUUGAGGAGGCGGCCCAGCAUGAGCCUGAAGAAAGCCGUCGGCGCCAGCUCGUGGCCCAGCAGCGGGCUCUGAAGCGACGGGCGCGGCUCUGGGCUCCCUUCAACGCUCGGCGCUACCUCGCGCGCCUCGAGACAGAUGGUGCCGAGUUGACCGAGGCCUCCGACAUCGUCGCAGCGCUGGGCCAGCACUGGGGCAAGGUGUUCUGCCCGCCGACGCCAGCCGCGCUCACCGAACAGAGGGCCCGAGAGCAGCCGGCCUACCUGAAGCGCUUCUGGGUUCCCGCGGUCGACUGGGACGCCUACUGCCCGCCCGCAGCGGCGACGGUGCGAGAG